CACGCCCAACUUGUGACAACACCAGCCCCUCAGCCUUUGUGCGCAGCCUCAGUAAAACUCUCCUCGACCUAAAUUCACAGCGUCAAGCUUCAGAUCCAGCAAAAUGUCUUUCGAAGAAGUCGGCAAGAGCAGUUCGUCGAGUACUACUACAAGACCUUCGAUGAGAACCGCGCUGCUCUCGCUCCGCUUUACCGCGACCACUCCAUGCUUACAUUUGAGGCCUCUGGUAUCCUCGGUGCACCGGCUAUCGUUGAGAAGCUCCAGAACUUGCCCUUCCAGCAGGUCCAGCACCGCACCGACACGCUCGAUGCCCAGCCCUCCGGCCAGAACGGUGUUCUCGUCCUCGUUACCGGCGCACUCCUCGUUGAGGGGUCAGAGAGGCCCAUGAGCUUCACCCAGGCGUUCAACCUGCAGCAGGACAACGGCAGCUACUACGUCCUCAACGAUGUCUUCCGCCUCGUAUACCCUGCCGCAUAAACGUCUGCCCUGCAGUUGAGACGAUUGACGACGACAUUUUGUUUUGGAGCAUUUUCGCGAGGACGGCGGGAUAUGGGGUAGGAAAAGGUGGUGGAACAAUUGCUUGACACGGCCGUGGGCACGAGCAUUGGAUGCUGUUUCGACGCCCGUCCUCGGACACUGACGAUAUGUAGCACCGCUAGAUUGGCUGCAAUGCAUGUGCGUUUUACACACCG